UACCAAUCCAUAAACCUAUACGUACAUUAUUGGUAUUAUAUAAAUGUCCUACUAGCAGAUGCAUUUAUGAAAUGAACAACAACAACAACAACAACAACAAAGCAUUGUGGACGCUAUAAUACUUAGCAACCAUGUCGUUGUUAUACUUGAGAAAUGGUGUUGUGGGGCAACUUCUCCGAUCAAAAUGCAUAUUCCUUUUGUUUUGGAAGGUAUGUUGUAGUCCUCCAGAGGACCCCAUCAAGUGUACAUCCAGUAACACAAACUGCACCAUCACAAACUCUAUUGGUGCCUUCCCCGACCGCACUGUCUGUAGAGCGCUCAAUGUGGUGUAUCCCACAACCGAGGAAGAGCUGUUUUCAAUUGUGGCUUCUGCAACCAUGAAAGGGUCAAAAAUAAAGGUUGCAACACGUUACUCUCACAGCAUUCCCAAGCUGAUCUGUCCAAGCGGCGAAGAUGGGCUACUCAUAAGCACAAAAUAUCUAAACGGUGUAUUGAAGAUAGAUGAUGAGGCCAUGACAAUGACUGUGGAGGCCGGCGUGACACUGAAGGAGCUGAUACACGAAGCUGCGAAUGCAGGGUUGGCCAUGCCAUAUGCACCCUAUUGGUGGGGUUUGACCAUUGGAGGUCUGUUAAGUACAGGUGCCCAUGGAAGCACAUUAUGGGGUAAAGGAAGCUCGGUUCAUGAUUAUGUUACCGCACUAAAAAUUGUCAGCCCAGGAGGUCCUGAAGAUGGAUAUGUGAAGGUUCGGGUAUUCAAUGAUGGUGAUGAAGAACUUGACGCAGCCAGGGUUUCACUUGGAAUCUUGGGAGUUAUUUCACAGGUGACUCUGAGACUGAAGCCACUGUUCAAGCGGUCCAUUACUUACUUGACCAAGACCGAUUCUGACUUGGGCGAUGAAGCAGCAAGCUUUGGAAAAAAGCACGAGUUUGCAGAUAUAACAUGGUACCCCAGUCAACACAAGGCAGUCUAUCGUGUCGAUGACCGAGUCCCCAUAAACACUUCUGGCAAUGGUUUAUAUGAUUUCACACCUUUCCGUUCCACACCCUCCCUAACCCUGGCAGUUAUUAGAACCACAGAGGAGAAUCAAGAAUCGGAGAGUGAUGAUGAUGGGAAAUGCAUAGGUGCAAAGUUGGUCACGUCCACUCUCUUAAACACUGCAUUCGGUUUGACUAACAAUGGUGUUAUCUUUACGGGCUAUCCCGUAAUAGGAUAUCAACACCGGCUUCAAGCAUCAGGGUCCUGCCUGGAAGGCCCAGAGGACAAAAGGAUCACAGCUUGUGCAUGGGACCCAAGAGUGAAAGGCGAAUUCUUUCACCAAACCACAUUUAGUAUUGGGUUGUCUUCGGUUAAGAGCUUCAUUCAAGAUGUGCAGAGGCUUGUUGAGCUACAACCUAAGGCCUUGUGCGGCCUUGAACUCUACAAUGGGAUUCUCAUGCGCUAUGUCACAAUCUCCAGCGCUUACCUAGGCAAAGAAGAAGAUGCAGUGGACUUCGAUUUCACAUAUUAUCGAAGCAAAGAUCCAAUGACUCCUAGGCUUUACGAGGAUGUCGUUGAAGAAAUAGAGCAAAUGGCAGUGAUAAAAUACGGGGCAUUGCCGCACUGGGGGAAGAAUCGGAACAUAGUAUUUGAUGGGGUGAUUAACAAGUAUAAGAAUGCCGGCAAGUUCUUGGCCGUAAAGAAAUUGUAUGAUCCAAUGGGGCUCUUCUCUAGUGAAUGGACCGACCAACUUUUUGGACUGCAGAGUGGGAUAGCCAUGUUCAAGGAAGGCUGUGCACUGGAAGGCUUGUGCAUAUGCCAAGAAGAUGUUCACUGUGCCCCAGUCAAAGGUUAUUUUUGUACUCAUGGUAAAGUUUUCGAGGAUGCAAGGGUUUGUUCUCGUCAAGAAAGUCUUAAUAGCAAAAUUUAUGCCGAAUAGCAGCCCUCCGUUCGUUUCUUCGGAAAAUAGAAAGUUUAUGUGAAAGGUAAAGCCAUAGGCUGGAGGACUCUCUCGCGUAUAUUUGUUGGCUCUUUAUACCAGGAGCUUGCAACACUGUUGCAAAUGGAUCUUGCACUAAAAAACUAAUUUGGUCAUAGGAAGGUCCUGGGAUUGGCUUCCUUCACUACUUUGUGUUUCCGCUAAAAAAAUAAACUAAAAUAAAAUGCAAUAGCACACUAGUGGUUGUGUCAAUUUAUCGAUAGCAAAAGCAGACAGUGAAUGAUUUUUCAAAUCUAA